AUGGCCGCCUCUGAGCUCCAUGACGAUGGAUUUACUCGCUCCUCACCCGAAAGCCUGGGCUACUCCCCCUCUGCUAUACUCGGCUUCGUCGACGACGCUGCCGCCUCUGGCGUUGAGCUGCACAGCUUCAUGCUGUACGCCAGCAACGCCGUCAUUGCUGAGGCCUGGUGGUGGCCCUACGAGCGCAAUCUGCCGCACGUCAUGCACUCGGCAACAAAGAGCUUCCUGGCUGUGGCGGUAGGCCUUGCGAUUGAACAAGGGUAUUUUGGCCUUGACACAACGGUGGCCUCGGUGUUUCCGGAGAGGAUGCCCCCAGCCACUGGCGAUGGCGAUGCUGGCGAUGGGCACAUAGACUCGCCAUCCUUCCUUGACCAGAUGACAGUCGAGGACCUUCUCACCCAAACAUCCGGCCAUGAUCACGGCGAGAGUGGCGGGUCGUGGCGUAGCAUCGAAUCCAGCUGGAUUGACAAGUUCAUCUCCACGCCCGUCGUCCACCGCCCGGGAACCUUCUUCGCCUACUCGAGCGCCACCUCCUUUAUGCUCUCCGCCAUUGUCACCCGCACCACCGGUCUCUCGGUCGCAGACUACCUCGAGCCGCGCUUUUUCCGCCCGCUGGGCAUCCGUCUUGCGCACUGGGACAUGGGCCCUGAGGGUAUCAAUCCGGGCGGGAAUGGCCUUUCGUGUCUGACGACGGAUUUGCUCAAGUUGGGAGUGCUGCAUCUGCAAAAGGGCAUGUGGAAGGGGAAACGAAUCUUGCCGGAGAAGUGGGUGCAACAGGCAACAAAGGCGCAGAGGGGAAAUCUGUACGGAUAUCAGUGGUGGGUUUGUGAGGAUGGGAGCUACAAGGCCAGGGGCAUGUUUGGCCAGCUGUGCAUUGUGUGGCCGGACUUUGAUGCUGUGCUGGCGGUGACGGCCGCAGUCAGCAGGAGGGCUGCCGCUCUGGAGGAGCUGAUCGACAAACAUAUCCCUGGCCUGCUAGCAAGCAGGAACAAGGAUGCUGUUGGUUCUCAGAGGCCGUUGGAUCAUCAUUUGUCCUCGCGUCUGGCCGGCUUGCAAGUUGUUGCAGAGCUCCCUUUGGCUGCAAAGACGCCCUCUCAGGAGAUGAUCCAGGCCAUUUCAAAGGAACGAUACGUUGCGGCACCCAACGAGGACGGCGUGCUUGCCUUUGCGCUGGACCUGUCCUCUGCUCCUCGACAAUGUAUCCUCCGCAUUGAUAAUCGCGCCGGUGCCCACCACAUCAGCUUCUCAAUGGGCACUUGGCUCGAGUCAUACACCACUUCCCAAGUUGCCAGCCUACACCACGGAUACACCUGGCCACAACUACGGUCAGUGGCUCGGGGCCGCUGGAUGGGCGCCACGAUGGAAUGUCUCGAAGUGGUGCUGCAGCUCCCCGAGACGGCUUUCCGUGACACCAUCCUCAUUACCUUUUCCCAGUCUGACCGGAGCAUAGCCAAGCUCCAACAUUCUGUCAAUGUAAACUCAUUCAGCUCGCGGCGCCCCCCGAUAUUUGCUACAAUCCUCCGCAAAGGAGAUGAGCUCUCAUCGCCAGAACUUGUAGCUCGAGCUGAAAAGGACCGGGCAACGACGACAUUUUCCACCAGUGAGACCUCAAUCGGCGAGCUACUCAAUUAUCAGCCGGCAAGGGAUGUGCUAGAGGCGGUAGUCCCGGAGUUGCUGAGCCAUCCACGGCUGCAGGAAGCCAGAGACUAUUCGCUCGACAUGGUGCUAAGUCAAGCAUCGAAGCGGCGUAUAGAUUCGAAGACGAUGGUCGAGUUGAAUCGGAGACUGGCUGCUCUUACAGUCCCAGCUAUUUAUUAG